AUGGGCAGCUACUCGGCCGGCGCCGGCUCGAUGCAGCCCCUCUCUCAACACCAUGCCGCUCCUACCUCCCAGCACAACAUGCGCGGCCACUCCAUGUCGCACAUGUCAUCGUCGUCAUCUUCGGCCGGCUCCAAUUCGUUUAUGGAUUCUGGCCCCGUCGGCUACGCCGCGUCGCCCCCCUCUUCCAGCGGCUCGUCGACAACAAUGGCUCCGCCGCCCCUUCUCCCGCUGCCCAUGUCCCUCUCGACCCGUCACGGCCAGCAACAGCAUCAACACCAGCACCAGCACCAACACCAGCUCGGCCAGCAGACCGACGAGUCGACCAACGCCGGGUUCCUGCAGCAGCUGCUCCACGGCGGGAUGCCCACGGACGAGGAGCUCGUAUCAGUCGGAGGCGCCAGCCUGUCGCUGAUGGCGGCCACCUACCACGGCCAGCAGUCCCAGCAACAGCCGCAGCAACCGCAGCAGCAGCAGCAGCAGAUGGGCUACGGCAGCGGCGGCCAGCCGCACUCGCAUUCGCACAACCCGACGCCGGCGAGCACGGGCACGCCGACCAACUCGAGCGAGGAGCUGCCGUGCAUCUUCGACGAGCUCGACAUGUUCCAGGAGAACCCCAACAGCCUGGUCUCGCCGAGCUGCUUCAGCCACCACCCCGCCACUGUGCCGCCCCAGCACCACCACGCCGGCGCGAUGGAGCCCGGGAGCGGCACCAACAACUCCCUCCAGCUGCUCACCAUCACCAGCGCUCCCCUGCCCACCGCUCCGACGACCGCCGACGCUAUGUCGCUGGAGAGUACUGGUGGGCGACGCCGCAAGGUGGACGACCUGUACGGCGACAUCAACAGUGUCGGCAUCAGUAAUGGCGACUGCGCCGCCGCUGCGGACGGCGUGAGCCACGGCCGACGCGGCAGCCACCCGGGACACGGCGCUAAGCGCAUUCGCUACAACCGGAGCCGCUCGGCAUCGUGUUCCUCGGCGGCUGCGGUCAAGCCCGAGCCUGAGGAAUUCGCCGCGGCGCUCGCCUCGUCGUCAUCGUCUUCUUCAUCAUCGGCCGCUGCCUCCUCCGAAACCAGCAACAUCGAUCUCGAGGAUAUGUACUGCGGCCUGCUCAAGGGGGCCACGGUCUCGUACCAGGUCUCGCUUCCGGCCAUGCAGGAGUUCAAGAUGAAGAGCCGAUCCGGCGCCAAGGGCAAAGGCAAGCCCAAGGCGGAGACCGUCAAGAAGGCCGUUCUCCAACUCGUCCGCACUGAAUCCGACAACGGGGUGGUCGAGUUCGAGGCGUUCCUCAAGAACUGCCUUCCGACGGAGAAGCUGAGCAACCUGACCCUGCUCGAGCUCCACUUCAACAUCACCCCCAAGCAGCACGCGACCAUGGGCAAGGCCGGCGAGGAGAUCAAGGCCAGCUUCAACCUCGGCUCCUCCGCGUCGUCGUCGGCCGUGCGCGGCGGGCGCCGGAAACAGUCCGUGGGCGGCGACGACGAUGAUUUCGAGGACGAGGAGGACGGCCGCGAGUCGCUCGACGAGGACGAGUACGUGCCGACUGCGCGGGGCCGCGGUGGCCGCGGGGGUCGCGGCAAGGCGAACGGACGCGGAGGCCAGCGCGGCAAGACGAACCACCAGCGCGAUGAGGAGCGCGAGAGUGACGACCCAGCGGGAGUUGGUAUGGACUACCACCAGUUCGACAUGGCCUUCGCUGCGGCCGACGGCCUGGCCUCGAUCGAGCGCAAGGUGCCCGUGGUGACCUACACCCACAGCAAGGCCAUCACCCGCGCACUCUGCCGCCUCAUCUGGUACCCCAUGAACGAAGAGAACACGAUGUCGACCGACUUCCUGUUGGAGAAGCUUUGUAAAUAUUUUGCUUCGCAGCUGCAGCUGCCCAUCUCUAUCUAUGAUAGACACAACCUGGCUGCCAUGCUGAGCCCCUUCACCAACGGCAUUACCUAUGUAGAGUUUUAUUCGCUGCUGGGCGAGUGGUUCGUGCUUGCGAUCAAGAUGGCCAAGAAGAAGACCCAGUGCCUGUGGCAACAGGGCCGGGAGACCUUCAUCCCGCUCCUCUUCAACCCCUACCGCCGGAUCAACAACGACAGCGCAGCCACUGCCUCUGCCGCCGGCGGCAGCUCAACGGCAUCGAACAACACCGGCGAUGACGACGAGUGGACCGAAGACAACGAAGCGUCAGAGUCGACGCGUCGCACCGGCAGAGGCCGCGGGCGACGCAGCCGCUCGGGCUCGCGUGCGGGCCUCCCGCAACCGAUGGCCAAGUCGACCGCUGCGGAGGACUGCGGUCUGCUCAACGGCGCUGCUGACGUCAUCGCCGCACUGCAGCUUGACGCGGUGCUGGAGCGCGAGGGGGACUUCCUGGUGACGAUCGGCCCCGACCUCAAGGAGCGCCACGGGCGGGCCGAGGGCGAGGAGGGCCGCGGCGUCAACUACUUCCCGUCGCUCAAGUACCCGCUGCAGAUCGUCUACGUCAAGGCCGACGGCGAGAAGCAGUGCCUGAGCGUAGAGAACAAGCUGGACAAGCUGACCGACUUCAUCCACGCCAAGCAGUGUCUGCGCGACUACCUCGUGCUGCAGCGCGAUGGCGUGUGGAAGCGGGUGGAGAAGGACCAGUUCGCCUUCAACCACGCGCAGCAGCGGCGGCUCGAGGAGACCCUGGGCCGCACGAGCGUGCUGGGGCGCGAGGACUCCGAGAGCCUCUCCUACGCACACGCUUGA